AUGGCCAGGAUAUUGAUGGAUAUAGCUGUCAUAACACAGGGCAUUGAUGGACGUGAUUGUGGGUCAGAGUUGAGAUGGCUCUUUGUUGCCUACUGUGAGGGUGCCUACUGUGAGGGUGCCUACUGUGAGGUUGCCUACUGUGAGGGUGCCUACUGUGAGGUUGCCUACUGUGAGGUUGCCUACUGUGAGGGUGCCUACUGUGAGGUUGCCUACUGUGAGGUUGCCUACUGUGAGGUUGCCUACUGUGAGGUUGCCUACUGUGAGGGUGCCUACUGUGAGGUUGCCUACUGUGAGGCUGCCUACUGUGAGGGUGCCUACUGUGAGGUUGCCUACUGUGAGGUUGCCUACUGUGAGGUUGCCUACUGUGAGGUUGCCUACUGUGAGGUUGCCUACUGUGAGGGUGCCUACUGUGAGGUUGCCUACUGUGAGGGUGCCUACUGUGAGGUUGCCUACUGUGAGGGUGCUGGCUGUAUUACUGCUAAUUUUGUUUCACAAGCUCUCCUGGUUUCCUUUAAGUAA